ACAGGAAAGAUUGAAAGUGACACAGUGUGAUUAGAACCCGGUCCUCUGCGCCGUUUCAACCCCGCUGUUCCUCAGACUCAGACAAACCGGUGUUUGCGUUUCGGUCAGCUGUGUGUUGUGUUUGUUUCUCCCGGGCUGUGCGUGUGUGUGUGUGUGUGUGUAUGUGUAUGUGUGUGAGAGGGAGAGAGAGAGAGAGAGUGUGUGUGUAUUUGUGUUGGAGCGUUUUUCUCGGUUGUUGUUGGGGUUUUUUUCUUUGCGCUGUUCUCUCCGUUUCCUGAGGAUGAAGCGAUGAGUUCAGAGGAGGGAAGAGUUCUGGCCUGAAGACACGGACAAAGACGCAAAAGGAGGACGAGAGGAAAAGUCCAGAUUGCGUGAAAAUACCAAGUGUGUGUGUGCGUGUGUGUGCACGCGCUCCGGUCUGACACACGGGUCCACGGGCUGCAGGACAGACCGCUGCCGGUGCUGUCAAACUCUCUCUCCGCCUCUACACUUCCACACAGCCGCGCAUCCUCCGUCCACCUCCAGUGUCCGACAUUCACUCCGCUGCUUUACGCGCUAUCGUCGCCCCCCUCCCUCACUCCUUCCCCCACCCCCCCCCCCCUCACCCCUGCCCACGCACACACACCUCGUCGCCACGGGCCACUAACUGAAAACUUUUUCCCUGUGUGUGUGGAUCUUCGGUCCGACUCCGAGUCCAGACUCAGCUCAGUACCAGCGUGUCCGGGAGCCGAACCCAAGCCCAGCCCUGGAUUCAAUACUCCUGAUCAAUGGACAGAGCCUCCUCAGCGGCCAGCAGCGCUACAGACACGCCGUAAACAACUCGUUCUCUCUGGCUGGAGCUCCUCUGGGGGUCUGGAGGAGGAUGGAGCGAGGAGGGGAGAGUCCCAUCACCCAGGACAGUCCUGAGCGGAGGGGAGGCAGCCCGGACCUCAGCCUCAGCCUCAGCCUCCCGCCGCCGGGGAAGAAGGGCCGGCUGGAGCUCAACGGCAGCCCAACAGGGCCGCGCAUACGCCACAACGGAGCGCCGCCGAGACCCCUGGGAGGUCUGAUGAUUCCCGUCUUCUGUGUGGUGGAGCAGUCGGACGGAGGGAUUCAGACGGACGGAUGUGAGGGAAGAGAGGAGCACGCGGAGUUCGUCCUGGUCAGGAAGGAUAUCCUCUUCUCUCAGCUGGUGGAGACGGCGCUGCUGGCCCUCGGCUACUCCCACAGCUCGGCCGCACAAGCCCACGGUAUCAUUAAAGUGGGGAGGUGGAACCCGCUCCCCAUCCACUUUCUGACUGACGCCCCAGAAGCCACGGUUGCCGACAUGCUGAUGGAGGUCUACCACAUGGUCACGCUACGUAUUCAACUACAAAGUUUCUCAAAGCUGGAGGAUCUGCCGUGUGAACAGUGGAACCACGCCACGGUCAGGAACGCUCUCAAAGAGCUGCUGAAGGAGAUGAACCAAAGCACUCUGGCCAAAGAGUGUCCUCUGUCGCAGAGUAUGAUUUCCUCCAUAGUGAACAGUUCCUACUAUGCCAACGUCUCCACUGCCAAAUGCCAAGAGUUCGGCCGCUGGUACAAGAAGUAUAAGAAAAUCAAAGUAGAUUAUCUGGAGAAGAUGUGGUCCGGACGAGACACUGCUGACAUCAAAAUUGAGAGAGACAACAUGGCGGACUUCUGUGUGCUGGGCCAGAGACCCCCUCCUCACUUGGCCGGCCUGGCCCAGCUCAGUCACCUGGGUGCUGGUAGUCCUCUCCUCAAAGCUGGAUCUGGAGAUCCACAGACCGCCUCUCAACCACCUCAGCAGCCUCCACCUCCCCAGCAGCAGCCCUCGCCCCACGGCCCCCUCCACCACAGCCCGCCCCUCCGUACGGGCCAGGUGCCUCCUCCGCCUCCUCCGCCCCCGCCGGGCGCCCUGCAGCCCCUGCUGGGGCCAGGUGGGCUGCUCUCCCCUCAGCUAUCCCCGCAGCUGGUACGUCAGCAGCUCGCCAUGGCCCAUCUCAUCAACCAGCAACUGGCCGUUAGCCGCCUGCUGGCCCACCAGCACCCGCAGGCCCUCAACCAGCAGUUCCUCAACCACCCGCCCAUCCCUCGGGGUUCAUCCAAAGCUGGCGGCGACCAUCCCGGGAGCAACCCCUCGGCCGCCGAGGUCUCCUCUGAAAUCUACCAGCAGGUCAGAGACGAGCUGAAGAGAGCUAGUGUCUCCCAGGCCGUGUUCGCCCGUGUGGCUUUCAACCGCACACAGGGUCUGCUGUCCGAGAUCCUGAGGAAGGAGGAGGACCCUCGCACGGCCUCGCAGUCCCUGCUGGUCAACCUGAAAGCAAUGCAGAACUUCCUCAACCUGCCCGAGAGCGAGAGAGACCGAAUCUACCAGGAGGAGAGAGAGCGCACCAUGAACCCCUCGGUCGGCCUCCCCGCCUCCAACUCCUCCAACCCCGGAGCGCCACGCCUCUCGCAGAAAGUGUGGGAGAGGAGCUUGGAUGACCAGAUAACCCCCGAUACCUGGGCCUCCAUCUGGAAGAACAAGACUAAGAUCUCCAACUCGCCCAAGCCGUCCGGCCCGGGCCCCGACCUCCCGCUGAAGCUGGAGUCGCUGGUCAACAUCACGUCAGGCAUCUAUGAGGAAAUCCAGCAGGAGAUGAAGAGAGCCAAGGUGUCCCAAGCUCUGUUCGCAAAGGUGGCCGCCAACAAGAGCCAGGGUUGGCUGUGUGAGCUGCUGCGGUGGAAGGAGAACCCCAGCCCGGAGAACCGCACUCUGUGGGAGAACCUGUGCACCAUCCGGAGGUUCCUGACGCUGCCGCAGGCCGACAGAGACCUGGCGUACGAGGAGGAGUCCAGGCACCAUCACACCGAGAGGCUGCACACCGUCCUCCACCUGCCGCAGGACACACAGCUCUUUUGUCUUUCUCGUCAGGCGCUUCACAGGCCACCCCCGGCCCCGAUGAAGGAGCACCGCUUGUCUCCGAUGCGUGAAGAACCAUUAUCUGCCCCAGGAAACGAUGAGGGGUCACAGACUGUGGGCGCAGGAGCCGGAGGCGGAUGUCCGUCCGGCGCUGUUGGCGGCGCUGGGAGCAACAAGAAGCCACGAUCGCGCACUAAGAUCUCCCUGGAGGCCUUGGGUAUCCUGCAGAGCUUCAUCCAGGACGUCGGCCUGUACCCAGACCAGGAGGCCAUCCACACCUUGUCGGCACAGCUUGACCUGCCCAAACACACCAUCAUCAAGUUCUUCCAGAACCAGCGUUACCACGUUAAGCACCACGGCCGCCUCAAGGAGCUGGGCGAGGGGGCUGCCGCCAGCGGCGGUGUGGACGUCAGCGAAUACAGAGAAGAAGAGCUGCUUUCCGGCUCAGAGGACCCAGAGUCCAGCGAGGACGGAGCUGAGGAGAUCUACCAGUCCACAGAGGGAAGCGGCGGGAGCACAGGUGGUCUGAACCAGCCUCCGGGCUCCUCUAGCUCCAACUCCAGCCAGUCGUCCUCAGGAACCAACAUGGCUCAGGAGGAGGGCAAGGACAAGGGGCACGGCCGGCCUGGUGGCAACAUGGCUCCCGGGAGCUCCUCAUCCAGUCCCCGAGAGCAGGCUGACUACCAGAGGUAGAGACUGACAAACAGAGAGGAGAGGACAGAGAAAGCGAGGGAGGAGGAGGGGAGAAGAAACAAGAAAAAGAAAGAAUCUACGAUACAGAAAUGAGGAACUGGAAAUGAACGGAUGGAAUACGGCUGCACAGAAACUGUAUGAGACACAGAUGUCUCCAUAGGCACAGAUUCACCAAGAAACCAUGAGACUGAAUGACUGUACAUCGCCCAGACGACCAGACGGACUCCUUUUAGCGACAAUCUCUGACAGACAUCUGUGAAAACCUGAUUUGUGGAGUGAAUUACCUCAGCGGCAGACAGCAGGUUUGCAGUGGUUGUGUAACUGUGAAACAGUUUUUCCAGAAAUGUUUAAAUAAUUCACUCCAGACUUUCAUUAGCAGAUAAGACGUUUGCUGCUCAGGCGUCCAAACUACAAACAGACACACAGACAAAUCUCCUAAUCAGCCAAUCACCAGAAAAGACACUCCACGGAGGCGGGACUUCAUCAGCUUUCUGUCCCUGCGCCUCCUCUUUAAAUACUGAGCACAGUCCCAUCGAACAUUCCUCCCUAUAUGCUGAUUUAUAGACUGGAUCCUGGGGCCUUCUGAGACCUCUGCAAUCCUAGAAAUCCUCAGGACACACACUGAUGUUGCUAAUGCUGUUGGCUGCCUGAGAACAUGGAUAAACAAGACUUUCUGUUCAUCGUUUCACAGCGGAAAAAAGGAAACAACCACCGACAUCCCGUCCUCACCUCACCGUCACGCUCCAGAAUCACUACCAUUCCUAUCAAGCACUUAACUGUUCACACAGACUCUGAUCAUUUUUGUGGGUGUGAUGACCUCUGUCCGUCCGUCCGUCCCUCCGUCCCUCCUCUCGAGGUUUCGCAAAAACUGCGGGGUUUAAAAAAAAAAUGACUCACGAGAGAGAGAGAGGAGCAGUGGACGGUCUGGCAGGAGGACAGUGGACUGACAUCGAGAGGAUGUGGCGUGGAGGGACACCCCAGGCUGUGUGCGCGCCCACGGCUCUGAGCCCUUCCUGGCAACAUCCCGCGUACGUGUGGCGAGAAAAAAAAAAAAAAAUGUCAAGAAAAGGAAGGACAGAGCGGAGAUUCAGCAACCAAACAAUCAGUCACUUUAUGUGCGGUAGUCCACCCCUUCCACUCUCCCUCUCUCCUCUCUCCAUCUCACUCUCCCCUCCUUUUCCUCUCUCUAAUUGGUGCCCACAGUCUUGUGUUUCACCACACCUACCCGCACUUAAACUUCACCAACCCUAUUUAUUGCUAUCUUUAUCCAUGAUUAUUAUUAUCAUUAUUGUUAUUAUUGUUGUUAUUAUGGUUAGAAUUGCUGUCAUCGUGUGCUAUUUUUAGUUUUUAUUUCCAUGGUUUUAAAUAUUGGUUUUCAGAACUGGGCGGUUGUUUGGGUAACAAGAGACAUUAAGAGAAACUCUGCCCUGAAAGAAGAAGAGGACGAGAAGGAGACGAGAGUGAAAGAAAAGAAAAAAGAAGCAGUUACUGAGUGUUGUUGGGUUAAAAAAAAAAAAAAAAAUUAUAUAAAAAAAAAAGUCCUGUCAUGUAUUAUGCCAAUUUUUUUAUAGUUCUGUUUCCCAAAAAUAGUAAAUAAGAUUUGUUGAAAAGAGAAAUAGUUAAAUAAGAAAGCGAAACUGAGCUUUUUUGCUGCAGUUGAUGACAAUCGACUUUUUUGAGCCAUUAAAGAAAAGUGGCAGGUUUGAGUCUGUUCCUCACUUUUAAUGUCUGUAAAUACCCGACAUGGGAUUAAUUAUUACUGGUAUACUUUUAUUUUUUAUUUUGCCGAGUAACUUUAAGUGUUUGAGCCAGUUUGGAGUGACGGAAGAGUUUUUGUUUUUCUUCCUUUGGAUAACUCAGUUUCAUCGUUCCAGGCAAAUUGAAUCACAAGAGUAUUUAAGAAAAAAAAAGAAAAAAAAGAAAUCUGUUUUUUUGUUGGAUGUCUGGUGCAGUUGUGUUUAGGUAUAAAAAUCUGUUCAAAAACAAUAUCUGAGAAUGGAUGGCGUGUUGUCUGACUGUCCUGAUCAGCUGCUACACUCAAAACAGAUGACUUGUCUUUCAGUUAUGACUCCGAUCACUCCGUACGAUAACGUUGUGCUUUUUGUUUUCUUUCUGUAUGACAGGAAUCAGGGUUCGACUCAAAUGCAGUUCUAAUGAAAUCUUAAUUCAUCCAGUGUUGAAGUCAAUUAAAAUUUGUGAAUUCAAAGAUCGUGUGAUUUUUAUUUCACUUUUAUGGAUCCUCACACUCACACACUUGGACGCAAACACACACACACACACACACACACACACA